GCACAGUGAGCAGAAGCAGAGGCAGAUGAAGAAGAGGAGGAGGAGGAGGAGGAGGAAUGUGUAGCUCUUUAGUGCACAUACGAAGCAUUUUUUAUGGGAGCAAUAAUGCGCUUCAUAUGACGCAAGGACGUUUGGGGACACGUUUUGGACACUGCUGAACUUCUGUUUUGCACUUUUCAGGGUAAAGAGACACAAAAGAAGAUUAUUUUGUACACUGGAAUGGGCCUGACUUGUGGUGCUUUUGUGGUGCUGAAGGGACAGCGACGACAACUGGCUCGCUUAAGGGAGCUGACCGGUUCUGAAGGACCUGACAGGGGAGAGGAAUUCAAGUCACAGUAACACAAACCGGGACCUUUUUUAAAAAAUAUAUUUACACUCUUAGAAUGUUCUCGCCACAGUUUUCUGGGAGAACAAACUUUUUAAAUAACUUUCCGUAAAGUGUGAGGUGGUAGGAGUGUGUGCGUGUGUGUGUGUGUCUGUGUGUGCGUAUACCUGCCAUCAUGCCUCGCUCUUUCCUGGUGAAGAAAGUCAAGCUGGAUGACAUUUCAACCGCCGAGCUGGAGAGCUCCUACUGUCACGGCCGACGUGGGGAACUGAGCCUGCGAUUCCAUCAUCAUAAAAGUUAUGAGCGGGAUUAUCUGAGCCCAUCCCCGUACGAUGACCCGGUGCGCAGCGCCUUGCCCGCCAUCUCCAAAGCGCCCCCUUCCCCUCCCCACCCGUCCAUCAUCUACAGCCGCAUCGGCGGCGGCGGCGGCUACGCGGGCGGCCUCCACGGCGACAUCCACGGCGACUCGGACCAGCCCGACAGUCCCCGCUCGGAGGUGUCGUCGGCGGCCGGCGGCUACAUCAACGGGGACGCCGCCGUCGGCGAGGCCUACGCCGUGGACGCCUUCUUCAUCGUGGACGGCCGUUCGAGACGGAAGGGAGCCGGAACCGGAGAGGGAGCCGGCGCGGGCCCGCCCGGAGCCCCGCAGAGGCACUCGUGCGGCGAGUGCGGCAAAACGUACGCCACCUCGUCCAACCUGAGCCGCCACAAGCAGACGCACCGCAGCAUGGACAGCAAGAUGGCCAAGAAGUGCCCGACGUGCGGCAAGGUGUACGUGUCCAUGCCCGCCAUGGCCAUGCACCUGCUCACGCACGACCUCAAACACAAGUGCGACGUGUGCGGCAAGGCCUUCAGCCGCCCGUGGCUGCUGCAGGGUCACAUGCGCUCGCACACGGGCGAGAAGCCCUUCGGCUGCGCGCACUGCGGCAAGGCCUUCGCCGACCGAUCCAACCUGCGCGCGCACAUGCAGACGCACUCGGCGUUCAAGCACUACAAGUGUAAGCGCUGCGACAAGACCUUCGCGCUCAAGAGCUACCUGAACAAGCACUACGAGUCGGCAUGCUUCAAGGGGGCCUUCUCGCCUAUCGGCUCGCUGGGGGAGUGACGCCCCGGCGUUUUCACCAACCGGAUGAUUCCACGCGUGGACUCCCCUUCCAACCGUGCUGCGGCCCACUUGACACUGGCUGGUGGGAGGGUUCUGAUUGCGCACUCAAGAUCGGUACACUUCCCCUCCUCUGGCACGCUUGGAUAAGGCAGUGGCGGGCAAUGCAUUUGGUACCUGGGCCUUCAGUGGGACUUUCCCAACUUAAUCCACCUCUUAAAAUCACCACCAUCACAUCACAGUUAGAGAAACCAUCAAUACUUAAGAAAAACGCAAUAUAACAGCUCGCAACUGUUCCACAUUCAUCAACUGAAGCAGUUCAGAAUCAAUAGUUCAGUUCGGUAUCAAAGCAUUUCGAUAAAAUACAUUGGACUCAGAUGUAUUUUGUACUGUUAGCUGCAGGCAUGUUUUCCUCGUCAAAGUUUUGUUCUGACCAACCAAUCAGAGGACGGAAAAACGCUGACAUCAUCGAGGGCCAGCGCUCUGACCCUAUGUGGAUGAAAAUGAAAUCUAAUCACCUAAAGAAACAUUCCCAUUGCUAAUGGAGUUGAAGUUAUCUUGAGCAGCAAAACUUGUUCUCAAGGCUCUGGGCAGAUGAAAUUGACAUGGCAACACAUAGAGACUGAAAUCUGAUUAGACAAAAAAAAAAUAAUAAUAAAAAAAUCGAACCCACCCGUGUACUGAAAACAGUCCAGACAAGAAAAACACAAGAGAAUGAAGAGAAUAGACCGUAGGCAAUAAAUUCAUACAAUUUCAUGGAACAAAUCCAAGAAUUUAGGUUGUAAAUAUUGGUCAGUACUUCUGAUAGUGUUGAGGUCAGCAGUGAAGACCUUGCUGGCCCUGACCCACCCACCACUGUUGUAAGGCGGUCAUUCGAUAACUGGCACAUUACGCAAUAGAAAUAAAUACAACAACUUGAAAUAAGCCACAAAGUCAGAAAAAGUCCGUUUGGUCACUCACGGCUACAUGCUCAAUGUACGUGUCAUAUAAUCAAUGCUAUCACUUCUUUUUACCAGGUAUUCAUGACACAAUUUACCCAAUAGAAAUAAACGUAACAACUACAAAUAACACACAGAGUGAAAACGUAAAAAGUCCACGACACACCAUCAGGCUCGGGCAGACGUGAAACGUGCAGGUCAUUGCCCCUCUUGCCAGUUACUUAUGAUAACUGCCACCAGGCACAAUAGGAAUAAACACAGCCACGACUCGAAAUAAUCCACACAGUCAAAAAAAUACUCCACAUAGACAAAAAAAAAAAGAAGCACGCACAGUCAAAUAUGCAAGAACCUGCCAUUGCUCCUCUGGCCAUUUGUUCAUGAUAACUGGACACCUUGAAUAAUAGAAAUAGAUACAACGGCUCAAAAUAAUCCACAAAGUUAGAAAAAGUCCACUCGGUCACAAACAGUCACACAUGGACUGUACGUGCCUCUUGACAGUUAUUUUUGAUAACAGCCACUGUCCAAAAUUGAAAUAAACAAAACAACUCGGAAUAAUCCACACAGUCAAAAAAUAGAAGCAGCAAAGGCCGACAAAGCACAGCACAUCUAGUUCAUCAUAACCCAAGAGUGUCAUAACUAACACAAGCAAGCACAAUGGCAUCGGAAAAGCAACAGAGUCCGUGUUCACACUGCAACCGAAUACGAGCCAGUGACGCGGACAACGAACAAAAAUCACCAGGGUAUUUUUUAUUUGAUUUGUUUUUAAAGAAGGGGUUCCCAAACUGUGGCUCAGGACCCAAAAUAGGUCAUUUUUUAUUGUAAAAUUCACAUCUUCUGCUGGUUUUUAUCAUGGGUUUAAAUAUACAGUAUACUUCCAUAGUACUACGGCAAUACACUCAGUAUUUAUCUUAAAAACGGUAUGUCUUAGCUGCCAAUGUGAAUGGAGACAUUCAAAAUGCCAAGGCCUGACCUUUAAAGGUACUUGUGGAAAAAAAGAUUUUUUAUUUUUUUUAUUUUUUUUAAAAACGUCACCACACAGUAUUCUGCUACUAUUUAUUUAUUUAUUUGUGUUUUUAAACAGCAUUUAUUUGCACUUUAUUUCGCCUUCUGUUUGGAAUAUGCCAAAGCAUUUGACACUUUCUAAUUUAUUUUGCCUUUAAUGUUUUUUUUUCUCUCAACAUUUUAACGAUCAACUGCAUGCAAAAAAAGUGACAAUAACAGACUAGCAAUGAAAAACUAUGCCAAUUUUAUGAAUCUUUAUGAAUUAGUUGCCAAAAAAAAGCAAAAUGUUGUUUUUUUGUUCUCCGUAUCUGAUCAAGCAAUAAUGCAUUUUUUUCCAUAUCAACAGUUUUUUUUUCUGUCAUUAUAUAUGUAGUGAUGAGAUGAUGAAAUAUCAGGGAGUUUGCAAACCAUGGAAGCUAUAUCUACAGUAUAUAUAUCUAUAUAUUUGUAUUACAUGCUCUCUCUCUCUCUCUUACACACACACACACACACACACACACACGCACACACACGCACACUAUGCUAUGAUCCUUUUGAGGCCUUCUCCGCUGGGGCGAUUGAUCGUGGACACGUUAUGCAUGACAGUUACGUAUGGGAGGGCGUUUUCCUUUUUUUUUUUUUGUACAUGCUUUUUAUGCACUGCCUGCCUUGUAUUAUUCGAAAAGUAUAUGUAGAAGAACGUAGAAGGUACUACCGUUAGGCCUCUGGUGCUGGAACAUGGACUGCUCUUAAAACAUUUUGUAGUUUCAAAAACAUUAAAAAAAAAACAAAUAAAACACCAUGUUUUGAAACUGUCUGUAAGUUAACUAAGCAUUAGAAUGAAACUUUAUUCUUGUGUAAGGUUGUCAAUGGCAAAUAAUAUUGCAAUGUUUUGCAAAUGCAGUUUUUCAAUAGCUAUCGACGAUACAUUGCUAUGUAUACUACUAUAAUACCCUUAAAAAAACUUUAGCGGAAAAAAGAUUGACUGAGAUUGAAACAUUUCCUAAUUUACAAAAAAAAGGUCAGAGUAUCAUUUUAAAAAAAGUUGUAUAAAAAGUUGUGAUAUGACAAUAAAGUUGAAAUAUUACAGCAUAAGUCCUAAGCUUGCAAGAAAAAAAAGUGUAAUGUUGUGACAGUAAAAUUGCAAUAUUACAGGAAAAAGUCAGAAUGUUUUGAGAAUAAUAUAAUAUUAUAUUAUGAGAGAAACUAAGUCGUAAUGACAUUAAAGUUAUAUAUUAUGAGAAAACAAUUGCUAUAGUAUCAGAAUAAAGUUGUAAUUAACGAUGAAAAAAGUAGUAAUGUUAUAACAGACGUCGAUAAAACUAAUAAUAUGAGAAAAAAAGUCUGAAUUUACGAAAAAAAAUUGCAAAGUAAGAAAAUGAUGAUGUAAUGUUAUGACGUCAUAAUCCUAAGGAAAAAACGUAAUAGAGAAAAAAAAAGUCCAAAUGUAAUUACAAUAUUGUUAAGAAUGUUAUGUUAUGUUAUCAGAAUAAAGAUAUCAUUUAUGAGAAAAUGUUGUAAUGUUCUGAUAAACAGCAAUACUAUGAGAAAAAGUUAUAAUUUGACAUAAAAAUUGUAACGUUAUGACAAUAUCGUAAUAUUACGAGAAAAUGUCUUAAUAUUAAGAGAAUAGUUGAAAUAUUAUGAGAAAGAAUGUCAUGGGGGGGAAAAAAGUUGGAAUUUACAAAAAGUUGUAAUAGCAUGACAAAACUACAAUGCCAUGAGAAAAUGUAAUUUAGGAUACAAGUCGUACUGUGAAGAUGUUCUGAUGUUAUGACAAGAAUGUCGUAAUGAAUGAGAAAAACGUCAUAAAGUCGUUACAAUAAUAAUUGAAUAUUAUGAGAAAACUGUCAUAAUGUCAUGAAAAUAAAGUCAUACGCUGAUGACAAUUACAUCAGAAUUAAAAUGGAAGUCAUAAAUUAUGAGAAAACUCAGAACGCUGCGAUAGUCAAAUCUCAAUAUUACGAGAAAAGUUACUACUACAUUUGAAAUAUUACGAGACUAGCUACCACGAGCAUUAUAAAAAUGUGACGUAAUAAAACUUAUAGUGGUCCUUUGGUGUUGACAAGUGACAGUAUCGAUACUGGUGUAUUGAUGAAAAAUGUUGCUAUCACGAUCCAAUCAGGUGUAUCGAUCGAUACAUGAUACUGGUGUAUCGAUACUGUAUCGUGAAUCAACAUUUUGUGUGAGAUUUGAGAUUUAUUGCCAAGAAUCCGACGUUGAUGUUACAGCACCAGAGAGCCGCGACUAAACACUUUUAGACACAAUUGUAGCCUACUAUAGCCACAAGCUAGUUCAUCAAGUCUUUUAUGAAAAGCACUUCUUGUUCCUCUUACCAACUGUAAAUUCUUGAAAGACCUUUUUUGGUGGGGGGUGGGUUGUGUUUUUUUUUUUCAACGUAAGUAGCACAACAAGAGUUUAGAGAUUCAGGUAGACGACGUCUCGUUUGUAGAAAUAAGAACCGCAGUCAGAUUUUUUUCUACUAGAAGCGAUGAUAAGAUCACAAUAAUGAUGGUGGCGUCCUUUUCUAGAUAUUCAAUAUUUUCAAGCCUUGUAAAUAAGCACUGAAUGGACUGAUGGAUUAUUUCUAUAGAUCUGUACUGUAUGGAGUGAUGAUGAAGAGGAUGAUGAUGAUUUUUUUUUCAGAGCUUCCCAGUUCUUCCUCGGGGGGGCGGGGCUUAUAUUCGGGCCCUCCAAUGUAAAGCACAAAAACAACACCGGGCAUUUUUUUCCCCUUUCACUUCCUUAUUAAUAAAAGAUAGUUUCAACAUAAAAAAAAACAAAAAAAAACGGUUUGUUUAUUACUGUUUCAUCUGAUCAACUUCAGUCUUUAGUGGGUCAUUUUGUUUCUUAUAUUAUUAUGAAUACAAAGAAUGGAACCUCGAAACUCCUACGGAAUCCAUUUUGGAAAUUAUGUAAAUAGAAAUGGAAAAACACUCACACUUAUUCCUUUGCCUAAUAUUAUGAGAAAAUAAAUGCUACGACAAGUUAAAAUAUUCAGAAAAAAAAUUACGGCUAACUGGUAGGAGUAUAAAUUCCCAAUAUUACAAGGAAAAUAAAUUGCAGUAUAAUGACAGUAAAAUUGGGUAAUAUUAUGAGAACAAUGUUAUAAUAUUACAAGAAAAAAGUCCUGACAUUACGAGUAUUUGUGGUAGUUGCAAUGUUACAUGAAAAAAUUCGAACAUAAUGACAAUUAAAUCAAGAAAAAGUUGACUUCUCGUUUCUUGUCAACUAUGAUAUCUAGUAACAUUGUGACAUUUUUAUGAUAAUAUUCGGACUUUUCUUGUAAUAAUACAACUUUUUACCUCAUAAAACCGAGUUUCUUCAUGUAGCAUUACAACUUUCUUGGGAACAUAACGACUUUAGUGACGUGAUAUUACGACUUAAGUCUUAUUACAGUGCAACUUUUUUCUUAUAUUACAACUUUCUCAUCAAUUAAGAAAAAAGUCGUAAAUGAGAGUAGAGUAAAAAUAUUACGAGAAAAAAGUCUGAGCCCGAAUACGAAAACUCACUGGGAAAAAAAGUUGUUAUAUAAAAAUAAACUCAUAAACCAACAAGAAAAAGAUUGUGAUGUUAUGAGAACAAAAGUGUGUGGGGAAAGAGUCAUUGUUACAGUGUGAAAAUAAAAUAGUAUUAUGAGAAAUAAAUUCCCAAAAAUGUUAUGAGAACAGUCAUGUCAUGAAAAGAAAAUUGUAAUAUGAGAAGUUUAGAUUUUAUAGGAAUAAAGUUGUCAUAUUACAAGAAAAAGUGUGUGGUGCAAAUAAAGUUAGAAUAUUAGGAGAAAAAUCUACGAGAAAAAGUUGUCAUGUUCGGAGAAGGAAAUUAAUGGAAAUUUUGCAAUGAAAAAAAACCAACAAUAUUUUUAUGGGAAUAAAGUUGCAAUAUUAUGACAAAUAAGUCAAAAAGUUAUAGAGAGCAUAGUCAAGAAUAUUAUGAGAAUAAAGUUGGAAUAUUAUGAGACAAAAGUGGCAACGUUAUGAGAAUAAAAUCAGAAUAUGAGAAGACUGUAUACAUCACAUUAAAUCAGCCGAAACCACUAUGACAAAAAAACAGUAACUUGAUGUCUUUUACUUAUGCACUGAAUGACUUUGUUGGAGAAGGACGACAACUAAGAAGAAGAAAAAGAAGACGUGAAAAAUAUAUUUUAUUUAUUGCCCAGAAGCAUUUAAAUAUGCUAAUUGCCAUUUUCCCAUGACACUUGACCUUUCAGCCCGGCGCAGGCGAUGGCUUUAAAUUGUUCAUACAUGCUCCCCCAUGCGCUCGCCACUUAAAUCAUUCAUGCGGCGGCGAGUUAAGUCAAAGAUUUCAAAGUAAGAGCAAAACUAACAGGAGACGCCUUUGUUUCGAAACCCUUAAGACAUAAAUAAAAAGCGAGCAGCGGCAAGAUUCUUCCAGGAGAAAUUGCAGUUUCACCAAAGUACUGCUUCGACUACAGUCAAAAGUCAAUAUAGCAAUUGUAAUGUUACGAUGAUCAAGUUGGAAUACUGCAAGAAAAAAGGUCAUCCUUCAUGAGAAAGUCGUGAUAUGAAAAACGUUAGUUAUGAGGAAAAAGUUGGAAAGUUAUGGGAAAAAGAAAAAAAUAAUGCCACUCCUUUUAAAAAUGAAUAAAAUAAAAUUCACCUUUCCUUUUUAAAUAUGAAUACAAUAAAAAUCAACUCUCCUUUUUACUUUGAAUUAUUAUUUUUUCUUUUGAAAUCACCUCUGCUGUUUUAACUUUCACUGGAAAAAAUGUCAAUGAAUAAUGAAACAAACUAGUUUUUUGACUUUCAAUCCAAUUUUCCUUUCAAUCCUUCAGUAGAAAAAAAAGAAAAAAUCACUACUCCUGUUUUGACUUUGAAUGAGGGAAAGAAUAACUCAUCUUUUGUUUGAAUAAAAAACAGCUCUC